UCUUAAAUAUAUAAAUAAAAAGUUUAAUUAAAAAAGAAAAAGCCCCCAAAUGGCCAAAUGCUCGAUCGGCGCCCCAUUUUCCUUCGCCCCCCACCCGAGAAAAUUAAUAAUUAAUAUUAUUAUAUCAUCUCAACGCCGUCUAAUAAGAAAACAGUCCCCUUGAGCUUGUUCUAAUUUACCUGGAUCUAUAAAUGCGCAUCUAAUAACAAUCCCAUUCGCCAAAACAACCCACCCUUCUCAGCUCACUCCCACCACCACCACCACCACCACCACCACCACCGACGCUUCUUCUUCCUCCUCCAUUUUAAUUCGGCGAAUUCAAAUUUUGGUGAGUCGGAAGAAUAAAUUUCCUAAGAAUAAUGGGCUACCUUUCUUGCCGGGCCGACUCCUCCAUCGCGACGUGCCGCUCCAUCUCCUCCAUCGUCCCCGUCCAACCCCAUAAACGCAGGAAUUUCACCUCUUCUAAAUCUAAAUCUAAAUCUAAAUCUAAAUCUGCUUCCGCGGCCGAUCUAUCUGAUGGAGCUGUCUUGAGCGAUGAUGAUGGCGGUAAGAAGUGUUUAUCUGCUGUCGCUGCUGCUGCCGGCUGCUCGAUCCGCAGGUUCAGCUACGCGGAGGUGGAGGCGGCGACGUCGAACUUCUCCGAGUCCGUCCUCCUCGGCCGCGGCAGCCACGGCGCCGUCUACAAGGCCGUCCUCCGCGGCUUCGCCCGCCCAGUCGCCGUCAAGCGCCCCUCGCGCCGCCGCCCCCCUUCUCCGCCCGCUCCCGCGGCCGCGCGCGACGAGGUGGAGAACGAGAUCGACAUCCUCUCGUCCCUCCGCGGCCCCCGCCUCGUCAACCUCCUCGGCUUCUCCGCCUCCGACGGGGGCGGGGGCGGGGGCGGGCGGGAGGUGGUGCUGGUGAUGGAGUACAUGCCGAACGGGACCUUGUACGACCUGCUGCACUCCAACCCCCGCCCGCCCGGCUGGGCCCGCCGGAUGCGGCUGGCGCUGCAGACCGCCAAGGCGCUGCUGACGCUCCACUCCGCCCGCCCGCCCGUCAUCCACCGCGACGUCAAGUCCGCCAACGUCCUCCUCGACCGCAACCUCGACGCCCGCCUCGGCGACUUCGGCUCCGGCGGAACCGCCGCCGCCGCCGCCUCCGCCUCCGCCUCCGCCUCCGCUGCCGGCUCUACCCCUCCAGCCGGCACUCUCGGCUACCUCGACCCCUCCUACGUCACGCCCGACAGCCUCAGCACCAAGACCGACGUCUUCAGCUUCGGAAUCCUGCUCCUCGAGAUCAUGAGCGGCCGCAAGGCCAUCGACGUCGCCCACUCCCCGCCCUCCGUCGUCGAGUGGGCCGUCCCGCUCCUCCGCAAGGGGAAGGUCGCGGCGCUCUUCGAUCCCCGCAUCCCCCCGCCCCGAGACCCCGCCGCGCGGCGCCGCCUCGCGGGGCUCGCGGCGAGCUGCGUGCGCUCCUGCAGGGAGCGCCGGCCCUCCAUGGACCAGGUGGUCGACCAGCUCAAGGCGCUCAGCAGGACCCUGCCGUCCCGCGCCUGGAACGGCCUCGUCGUCGGUAAUCCCUGCUCCGUCGUCGACACCCAGGGCGGCGCCAUUUCGAAGCUGAGGCCCCACGGCGGCCUCAAUUCCGAAUUGCGAUUUAUCAACGAAGACGAAAUUGAAGAGCCCGAGCCCUCUGCCAGUGCCGCCGCUGUCGAGGAGGAGAAGGAGAAGGAGGAGGACGAGGACGAGGACGAGGAAACCCUGAUUUUCGCCAAGAAGCCGCCUUCCGCCGCGGCGAAGGGAUCCCGCCCGUCAAGGAAUGCGAAGGUGUUCUCCGAAGCCGGCACAAGGGAAAGUAGGAAUCUGAUGGAACUCAUGGCAGACAGCAGUUUCGUCAGCGGCCAGAGAUCUAUCAUCAGCAGGGCGAGAACGGUCCAUCUUGCACGAUCCGUUUGCGAUGACAAGAAUUCGCUGCCGUUCUUGAGGAGGAAUCAAACAGUAAGAACAGUCCUGUUUGAGAAAAUAUCGAGUUGAGCUGUAGAUCUUGUUUAGAUACACCCAGUUCUUUCAAAUCUACCUAUGUUUGUGUUAUCAUUACUGUUCAAUUAAACUAUUUACAUUUGGGAAACAGCUCGACGAGUUCUCCCGAUUGUAGCGAUGGUAAUUUCAAUCUAGGCCCAGAAAAAGGGCUUUUUUGUUAUCUAAAUUGAA